CGAACCGUUAUUGUUACCCGUUCGGAUUCCGUUCCUUUGUUCGACCAGGAUAGGACAAUAAUCGAACAAAUCAUGAACCUCCUCUUUCUAUAUGAUGUGAACUUGUUGCUAUCUCUCUCUCGUUGACAUGACUCUCAAAUUCUUCUCUCGUAUCCGCCGCUUGAUGCAAGUCCAACCCAUACCGUUGACUGCCGACGGUGAUUUCUCUGACGUCGUCUACCCCCGUGGCCCCCUUUCUUCUCUCAGUGACCUGCACCCAGUCCCUGUUGCCAGUGAGGCAGACAGUAGUUUUACCGAGCCGCUAGGCCGAAACGAAUCCGAUGAGGUCAACCGUAAUUACCUAGAGCCAGUCGCAUUGACAUCCACCUCCAUUGGGAUGCCGCAAUUUCUAAUGGAGACCAACCGACCCUCGACGGAGACCGCUCCAUCCCCCCCUCUGAGUCCCAAACCUUUACCGACGUCAGACUGGGGCCAGGCCGAGCCCAAACCGCCACUGUUAGAGCCAAAGCCUUUGAUUCGCGAUCGUGACCCUGUGUUACAGGAAUGCCUACCACCAGUAACCUUCAGUGGCAAGCGUUACACGUUCCAAUAUGAACUCGGUUCAGGAAUGUACUCUCGCGUGCUAUACGCCAAAAGAGCAAAACCCUACGAAGAGCCAAAACCAGUAGCUGUCAAGGUCUUCCAUAAGAGCAGGCUCGCAGGUCCAACUGACGGGCAAACGGCUCAUAAACUAAAAUCGGAGCGUGUUAUUGAUGAGAGGAAUAUCCUCGAACAAAUCACCCGCGAGCGUCUACCCUUUCUGGGGAAAAUAUCGGCUUCUUUUCAGGAUGAAAACUUUGUUUAUAUGGUUAUGCCGUUGUGCAUGGAAACGCUUCAAAACAGGCUUAAUUAUCUGUGUAAGAGAAACCUUGCAAUGCACCGGGAUCAACUUUUGCUCUAUGCCGCGGAACUCGUACGGCUGCAUGGCCUAGGGUACUACCAUCUGGACAUAAAACCUCCCAACAUCAUGAUAUCCGGAUCAGGCCAUAUACAACUAGUUGACUUCGGCAUCAGCCUGCCCGCCAGCAACGCCCUUGGCCAUAUUUACUACGACGAAAUCGUAGGCACUCAGGACUGGAUGGCGCCUGAAAUCGGGGCGGGGCGGCUCUUCUCCGGAUCUGCUGCCGAUAUAUGGUGUUAUGGUCUCGUACUGUUCUCCAUGUUUCAGUGCCCAUACAGCUUUGCCUUCCAUAAGGACCCACGUCGCCGGAUAGACAUAUGCCAGAAAAUGACACCGGCUGCAAGGGAUCUGGUCUUUUCACGUGUAGGUCUUCUUGAUGUUGUAAUGCCCAUGGAGCUGCUUAACUAUGUUUUGAAGCUUCUCGUGCAAACACCUAAAGAUCGUUACAGUAUUAAGCAGAUAAAAACGCAUAAGUUUUUUGAGGAUGUGUGAGUAAUAACAAUUGUCCCUGAUUGGCGAUGUGAUGGAUCUUCUUCAGAGAUUUCAUGCUAGUCAAAGAGAAGAGGAUCUCACCACCAUACCGACCAAAGGAAGUGAAGAGGAGAGUCAACAAGCCCUUCGUACCGGUUCCAAACUUAACGAUGUCGGUUGAUCCACUGCUACUAGCGGCUGGAGUACUUUAUGCUGAUAGGUAAUGA